CCCAGGGCGGGGCGCUGGACGGCAGGGGCGGGCCGGACCCGACGAGAAUCGCGCGGAGGUGAGGCGGGGGCCGCCCUGCCCCCGAGGGCAGGCCCCGAGCACCGCGCGGCCCGGGGUGGCUGGGGUGUGGGCUCCCGCUCCGGAUCAGCCCUGCUCCGUCUGCUCCAGACCCCGCGGCGGCGCUGGCUCGGGCUGCCCGGGAUGGCGGCUAGCCCAGAGAGCCUCUUCCCUUCCGGGGGCGACCUGGACUCCAGCCAGUUGCAGAUGGAGCCGGAUGAGGUGGACACUCUGAGGGAGGGAGAGGACCCAGCUGAUCGGAUGCACCCCUUUCUGGCCAUCUAUGACCUUCAGCCUCUGAAAAUGCACCCCUUGGUGUUUGCCCCUGGGGUUCCUGUCACAGCCCACGUGGUGGGCACUGAAAGAUAUACCAGUGGAUCCAAGGUGGGAACCUGCACUCUGUAUUCCGUCCGCUUGACUCACGGAGACUUUACCUGGACGACCAAGAAGAAGUUUCGCCAUUUCCAGGAGCUACAUCGGGACCUCCUGAGACACAAAGUCUUGAUGAGUCUGCUCCCCCUGGCUCGCUUUGCUAUUCCCUACCCUCCAGCCCGAGAGGCAGCCGACAGAGAGAUGCCCUCUCUGCCCCGAGCAGGGCCUGAGGGCUCCGCCAGGCAUGCGUCCAGCAAGCAGAAAUACUUGGAGAAUUAUCUCAACCGCCUCCUGACCAUGUCUUUCUACCGCAACUACCAUGCCAUGACGGAGUUCCUGGAAGUCAGUCAGCUGUCCUUUAUCCCAGAGCUCGGAUGCAAAGGACUGGAAGGGGUGAUCCGGAAGCGCUCUGGUGGCCACCGCGUUCCUGGCUUUACCUGCUGUGGCCGAGACCAAGUCUGCUAUCGCUGGUCCAAGAGGUGGCUGGUGGUGAAGGACUCCUUCCUGCUAUACAUGUGCCUCGAGACAGGCACCAUCUCAUUUGUUCAGCUCUUCGACCCUGGCUUCGGCGUGCAGGUGGGGAAACGGAGCACGGAGACGCGGUAUGGAGUCCGGAUCGACACCUCCCACAGGUCCCUGAUUCUCAAGUGUAGCAGCUACCGGCAGGCGCGGUGGUGGGGCCAGGAAAUCACUGAGCUGGCCCAGGGCCCGGGCAGAGACUUCCUGCAGCUGCACCGCCAUGAAAGCUUUGCUCCACCCCGGCCCGGAACUCUGGCACGGUGGUUUGUGAAUGGGGCAGGUUACUUUGCCGCUGUGGCAGAUGCCAUCCUGCGAGCUCGGGAGGAGAUUUUCAUCACAGACUGGUGGUUGAGUCCUGAGAUUUACCUGAAGCGUCCCGCCCAUUCAGAUGACUGGAGACUGGACGUUAUGCUCAAGAAGAAGGCGGAAGAGGGUGUCCGUGUGUCCGUACUACUGUUUAAGGAAGUGGAGCUGGCCUUGAGCAUCAACAGUGGUUAUAGCAAGAGGGCUCUGAUGCUGCUGCACCCCAACAUAAAGGUGAUGCGACACCCCGACCACGUGACCCUGUGGGCCCAUCAUGAGAAGCUACUGGUGGUGGACCAAGUUGUGGCCUUCCUGGGAGGGCUGGAUCUCGCCUAUGGCCGCUGGGAUGACCUGCACUACCGACUGACUGACCUUGGGGACUCCUCUGAGUCAGCUGCCCCUCAGCCUCCCAUCCCGUGCUCAGACUCGACAGCCACCCCCGAUUUCUCUCACAACCAACUCUUCUGGCUGGGCAAGGACUACAGCAACCUUAUCACUAAGGACUGGGUACAGCUGGACCGGCCUUUUGAAGAUUUCAUUGACAGGACGACCACAGCCCGGAUGCCGUGGCGGGACGUUGGAGUGGUUGUCCAUGGCCCACCCGCCCGAGACCUGGCCCGGCACUUCAUCCAGCGUUGGAACUUCACCAAGACUACCAAGGCCAAGUACAAGACACCCAUGUACCCCUACCUGCUGCCCAAGUCCACCAGCACCGCACACCAGCUCCCCUUCACACUCCCGGGGGGGCAGUGCGCCACUGUGCAGGUCUUGCGGUCAGUGGACCGCUGGUCAGCGGGGACUUUGGAGAACUCCAUCCUCAAUGCCUACCUGCACACCAUCAGGGAAAGCCAGCACUUCCUCUACAUUGAGAAUCAGUUCUUCAUUAGCUGCUCAGAUGGACGGACGGUUCUGAACAAGGUGGGCGAUGAGAUUGUGGACAGAAUCCUGAAGGCCCACAAGCAAGGGCAAUGCUUCCGAGUCUACGUGCUGCUGCCCCUGCUUCCCGGCUUUGAGGGUGACAUCUCCACAGGUGGUGGCAACUCCAUCCAAGCCAUCCUGCACUUCACUUACAGGACCCUGUGUCGUGGGGAAUAUUCAAUCCUACAUCGCCUCAAAGCAGCCAUGGGGACCGCAUGGCGGGACUAUAUAUCUAUCUGUGGGCUCCGCACGCACGGAGAGCUGGGUGGGCACCCGGUCUCUGAGCUCAUCUAUAUCCACAGCAAGAUGCUCAUCGCUGACGACCGCACGGUUAUCAUCGGCUCUGCGAACAUCAAUGACCGGAGCCUGCUGGGAAAGCGGGACAGUGAGCUGGCCGUGCUGAUCGAGGACACGGAGAUGGAGCCCUCCCUCAUGGGUGGUGUGGAGUACCAGGCGGGCAGGUUUGCCCUGAGCUUGCGGAAGCACUGCUUCAGCGUGGUUCUCGGGGCAGAUGCCCGGCCAGACUUGGAUCUCCGAGACCCUAUCUGUGACGACUUCUUCCAGUUGUGGCAAGACACAGCUGAGAACAAUGCCAAUAUCUAUGAGCAGAUCUUCCGCUGCCUGCCAUCCAACGCCACGCGUUCACUGCGGACCCUCCGGGAGUACGUGGCCGUGGAGCCCCUCGCCGUGGUCAGCCCUCCCUUGGCCCGGUCUGAGCUCACCCAGGUCCAGGGCCAUCUGGUCCACUUUCCCCUCAAGUUCCUGGAGGAUGAGUCUUUGUUGCCCCCACUGAGUAGCAAGGAAGGUGUGAUGCCCCUAGAAGUGUGGACAUAGCUGGGGUUCCAGCUGGAAGAGGUUGGAAGAGGUCACCAGCUCCACCAGGCCUGGCUCCCUGCCCCUGAGGACUGAGGGCAGUGCCCGCUGAGACCUGCGGGAGGCAGCAUCUCUGAAGGGGAUGGGAGAAUGCACAGAGGACCCUUUCUUGAGAAUGAGCCAAAGAGGGCAUUCCCUGCCCUGGGCUCUGGAGGCAGGAGAGGGUCCCAGAAAAGUUCCCCUUCCCUCCCGCUGCCGAUUCGAACCACUGCUACAGAGGAGAAGCGAAACUCCUGCCAGGAUUCCCGGGGCUAGCCUUCCCAUCUGUCCCUCCCUCUGCCCCAGGGCCUCUCCCGGCCCAUUGCUGCCAAGGGGGAGAGAAGGAUGAAACCACUCCUGGCUUCAGCCCCCACAGUGGGGAGGGGUGGGAAUUGCACACCCACUCCCUCCAACCUCCUGCUGCCAGACACUAACUUUGUAUCAGUUCAAUAAGCGUUUCUUAAAUAAAAGCCUAGGAAAAA